AUGGUGCGUGGUGUCAGGACCAACCCACCGAGGGGGUGUGAAAUAAAUCCUGGGAAUUCAACAUUGAGAUUUUUUCUUUGCCUCCUAUAUCCACCACAACAAAUUGGUCCUUGCAUACAUCGUAAGUCAUCGCCCAGUUCCGUUAUCGUCAUGGAGCUUGCUCAUCGGCCCAGCCCGGUCGGCAGCGCGCUCGUGCCGUCGGCUGGUCCAGAUCGGGAGCGGGUCCCGCUUGGCCGGGCGCGGAGGCGACAAGCGUCGGCAGCCGUGGGCGGACCGCGGGUCGCGGUGGAGCGUGGCAAGGGGGUACCCGGCUCGGGUAGCGGGGCUCAGGGACGGGGAGGCCCGAUUGGAGGGGGCUCCGCAAAGGGGUUGUUGAGGCUCUAUACCUAG